AUGCAGCUUUUUGCGAGACAGAACGGCCGGUCUGUGCUGGCUCUGGCAGCUGUAGCAGCCCUUGCAAUCAGCAGUCAAUCAUGUGCAGACAGCUUCAAGCACUACUGCAAAAGCGCAUUCGCCCACAAAAUCCACAGAGAGAUGCCGCACGUGAAGCUGCACGAUGUGAUGUAUAUUCCGGGAAAAUCAACCCUUGAACUUCUCUGGUAUCAUGAGACUUGCGGCGAGGCGUACGAAACAGAGCAGUUCAUCGCGACCGAUACCUGCCGUCUCAACAUGACUGUUCCUACUUCGGAAAAAAGCAACAUAACGAUGGAGGCCUGGUUCCCACGAAACUACAAGGGCAGGUUUUUGAGCACGGGAAAUGGUGGACUUGGUGGCUGCAUCCAAUAUGGCGACAUGGCACUGGCCACCAACCUCGGCUUUGCAACAGUCGGAGCAAACAACGGACACGAUGGAAUCCGAGGAACAUCAUUCCUGGGCAAUGAUGAGACUCUUAAGGACUUCGUCCAUCGAUCCGUGCACAUGGGGGUCGUUAUUGGCAAGAAGCUGACCAACAUGUUCUACCCCGAGGGAUACGAUAAAUCAUACUACCUGGGCUGUUCCACAGGGGGUCGUCAAGGCUGGAAAGCCCUGCAUGCACACCCCACCGACUUUGAUGGUAUCGUGGCCGGGGCUCCAGCAUUCAACUUCGUCAACCUCAUCGCGUUCGUCGGCCAUUUUGGCCCGCUCACCGGGAAGCCAGGCGAGGACAAGUACCUGCCUCAGGAAAAGUGGGAGUUGGUGCAAGCGGAGGUCAUGCGACAGUGCGAUGGAAUCGAUGGCGUCGAAGACGGCGUCAUCGAGAACCCCGAUCUAUGCAAUCCCGUCUUCACUGAACUGAUCUGUCCCUCGGGCUCCUCGUCAUCAGAUAACGACUGUCUGACCGGGCCACAAGCCGUAACUGCCCGCAAGGUGUUCGAGCCGCUUUACGGAGAGGAAGGGAAACUCCUUUACCCUCGCCUCAACCCGGGCGCAAUCGACACCACGAGCGCGACCUUAUUUUCCGGUGAUCUCAUGUACCUGUCAACCGAUUGGUUCCAGAACGUCGUCUACAACUCCACCGACUGGGACCCAGACGAUCUGAACACCACAGACAUGGCACUUGCGCUGAAGCAGGAUCCUUUCGGAAUCGAGACCUGGGAUGCCAACCUGGCCCAAUUCCGCGACCAGGGCCGGAAGAUCCUCCACUACCACGGCACUCAGGACGAGCUCAUCAGCUCCGAUAGCUCGAAGCUCUUCUACGAGCGGGUGGCGGAGCAAAUGAACGCGUCUCCGCAGGACCUCGACGAAUUCUACCGUUUCUUCCCGAUCAGCGGUAUGGGUCACUGCCUGGGAGGAAGCGGUCCGCACUAUAUCGGCAAUCAGUUGGACAAUUACUACAAAGACGAUGCGGAAAACAACGUGCUUAUGAAGCUGGUCCGGUGGGUCGAGGAUGGGAUCGCCCCGGAAUAUAUCCGGGGGGCCAAUAUUUCCUCGACGCCUGGCAAGAAGACCUUCACCCGCAAGCACUGCAAGUGGCCCAUGAAGACUGUUUACAAGGGGCCCGACUUCACCGAUGAGAAUUCGUGGGGCUGUGAGGAGUGAAGCUGGAUCCAAUUGUGAACCUCAAGCGGAAGCGGAGUGAUCCUGCUCGGUGGAGCAGCGCAGCACUUGGCUUGCGAGUAUUAGCUAGAAGGACUUUAACCUGGCCAAGCCGGUGGGUUGUUGACUGCUUGUAGGGU